CACCUUGUACACCAGCUCCAAUAACUAACCCCAGGAAAGCUGCAUAAAUCAUGUAAAUGGAAUCCUAAGAAACCCUGAUAAUGUCAUAUGAUUUCUCCUUCUCUUUUUUUUCUUACAUCAUUGAAAUUUAUUAUCUUCGCAGUAUAAAUUAUAGUACUCAACACGUUCUUUAAACAUGCAUGGUCGGCCCUUUUAUUUACAUUUUUAGAUUCCUUCAUAAUCUUUUGGAUCUAAAACUAUUUCCCCUCUAUCCCCUUCUCUUUCUUUCUGCUCCACAUAGAGUAAGAGAAAAAAAACAGACACAAAUGGAGAGAAACCCUUUUGUCCUCCUUGUUUUCCUCAUUGUUUCAUCCAUGGUAGCAGCUCCAAUUCAUUGCAAGAAGCAAACACAAGCUCUUGGCCGUUUUUAUGAGAGGAAGAUGAAGGGGAGUUCUGGGAUUGACAAGAGUGGUUUCAAGGCAGUUCAUUACAUAAACAAGAGCAGGGUUCACACACAGCAAGGGAUGAAAGAAAAAGACAGAAUUAAAAAGUUGCCUGGACAACCUGGUGUCUUGUUUCAGCAGUAUGGUGGGUAUGUAACAGUUGAUAAAGCAGCAGGUCGUGCACUUUAUUAUUAUUUCGUUGAGGCUUACCAUUCUAAGGAGUCUUUGCCUCUUCUUCUCUGGCUUAAUGGAGGGCCAGGCUGUUCAUCUCUAGCCUAUGGAGCAAUGGAAGAGCUUGGACCCUUCAGAGUCCAUAGCAAUGGAAAAACACUGUAUAGUAAUAGAUACUCAUGGAACCAUGCUGCAAAUGUGUUGUUUCUGGAGUCACCUGCUGGGGUGGGAUUUUCGUACUCCAACACAACAUCAGAUUAUGAUAAUAGUGGUGAUAGUAAAACAGCUGUCGACAAUUAUGUUUUUCUGUUAAACUGGUUGGAGAGGUUCCCUGAAUACAGAAACAGGAAAUUUUACAUCGCUGGAGAAAGCUAUGCGGGGCAUUAUGUCCCUCAACUUGCUCACACCAUUCUCCAACACAACAAGAACGCUAACAGCACCAUUAUUAAUCUCAAAGGAAUCCUAAUUGGGAAUGCUGUGAUCAAUGAUGAAACUGAUGUUAAAGGAAUGUAUGAUUACCUAGCAAGCCAUGCUCUCAUUUCAGAUGAAACUGCAAAUGGGAUUGAAAAACACUGUAAUUUCGCACCCGAGGAUGACUCAGAGUCUAGUAGCGAGUGUGAUGCAGCCACUGAUGAGGCAGGCCAGAAUAUUUACUAUGUUGAUAUAUAUAACAUCUAUGCCCCUUUAUGCCAUAAUUCCAGUCUCACGAUCCGUCCCAAGGAGCCUUCCGUGGCAAAUUUCGAUCCAUGCAGUGACUACUAUGUAUAUGCUUAUCUAAACAGGGUUGAUGUUCAAGAGGCCAUGCAUGCCAAUGUAACAAAACUUGACCAUGAUUGGGAACCCUGCAGCGACAUCAUCAGAAGAUGGGGAGAUAGCCCUUCAACAAUCAUUCCCCUUUUACAAGAGUUAAUGGCUAACGGACUAAGAGUGUGGAUUUUCAGUGGGGAUGCAGAUGGAAGAAUACCAGUUACUUCAACAAAGUACUCCAUUAAGAAGAUGAAGCUUGCAGUUAAAACCAAGUGGCAUCCAUGGUACCUUGAUGGGGAGGUUGGAGGUUAUACAGAGGUAUAUAAGGGAGAUUUAACAUUUGCUACUGUAAGAGCGGCCGGGCACCAAGUGCCAAGCUUCCAACCAAAGAGGGCACUUUCAUUGAUCAAGCACUUUCUUGAUGGCUCACCUCUUCCGGAUACCUUAAAUUAUAACUGAUUUCCUCUCCACGUUUUAGAUAUCUUUCAUCGUUUCAUCAAGUGCCUUGAUUAGGUUUCAGUUUCGGUUUCAGGAAAGUUGUGUAUCAUAUCACAUUAUAUCCCCAUAUUCUUCCCUCAUUAAAGGGUAUUAAACUUUAGAGAUAUAUAUACACACAAAUAGUAAUUCUAAAUUAUUCAAUGGAAUACACAACUUUUUGCAUCUGGAACAAA